GUGGUCUAGUUAGUCUUCCACCGCGCUGUGGGGAGAGCGAAAUAUAGGGUUCUUCGCGGCGCGCGUCUCGUCCGGGCUAGCGGGCCGGUGCUGCUCCAGGUACUGGCAUUUGGAUUUUCUGCGCUUUACGAGUGAAUCGGGAAUCGCGAAUCUAGCAGUUCGCAUUUCAUUGCUGUGCUGCUUUUGGAUUGUGGCUGGGUGAUGAUGGGAGUGUCUCCUGUGUGUGGGGAAAAUAUGCCGUGACCAGCAUCAAGGGCGUGAUUGAAUUUGCCUGUGUGGAGCAUCUGGAACAGUGAAUUCGAGUAUCAGGAGUUUCCUUUUCUGUGGCUUGGUCUCGCCCCUCUUUAUGCUUUGUUCCAGCGACUGAUGCCGUUGAAUGGAUUUCCCUAUAUAUUUGAUGCCAAGUCUUUGAGGAGCUCCAGCGAGGGUCACAAGUCUUCCUGGUGUUGUUGUUGUUGUCUGUCGUGAAAAAUGGGACGAUAUCCAUCGGGUCCAAAGAGCUGUGUGAGUGAUCCUUCGUGUGAUGUGCUCAUCACGAAGGUCACGCAUCCUGCCGUUGUGACGGUGUUUUGCUACUGGGGAUUUGUCUUGCUCGUCUGCUGUUCUUUCCAGAUCUUGAAGCUCUGGCUGAUCCGAAAGAACCCAGUCAAGCCCGUGUUUCUACGGGAAGAAGCUCCAAAGUCUUCCAGGCCUGCCACAGGCAGCGAAGGUGCCUCAAGGUUUCAAGGCCAGGAGUUCCUGCUGGAGCCGGAGGAAGCAAAAGAGCUGCUUGUGACGGGCUACACUUGGUCCUACUUUGGCGAGUUUUGCUACUGCGUGUGCUGCCUGACGUCGUUGCACUGGCUGGCACUGUAUGUCGUCAUUUUGUUCGACACGUACAACAAGUGCGACAUUGGUGGAAUUGACAAUCUCUGCUUCUUUGGCAACUAUUUCAUUUUUGGAACCUACGAGCUGAAUGCCAAGGUCUUCUUCACUGUCUGGUGGCUAUCGGUUGUGUGGUACACCACCUGGGUGCUGUUUAAAGGGAGGGUACACAACUGGUUUCGUCUUCCAUGUCCGUUGUCUCAAGCGACUGUCGCUUUUGUUUGGGCCAGAGACCGGGAAGAAAUCCUCUCAGCGAAUGCGUUUGCUCUUGUCUACAUCAUUCGUCGCUUCAAGAAUAUAAUUAUGCCUCCAGAUGCUCAGGGCCAUUUUGAGAUUGUCGAUAUCCUUGAGACUGCCUCAGGGAAACGUUAUUUUCUCUUUGAAGGGCUUCGUGUUCUCGUGGAUGGUUCGCAAAUCUCCCAUGCGCGCAUCCAAGUAGGAGCACUGCUCUCAGAUUUUCAUCAGUCUCCAACUGGGCUUAGUGCCGAGGAUUCCAGCAAUCGUUUAGAGCAUGUUGGUUUGAACAAAAUCCCGUUCGAACCGGAGCCAUUAUUUCAGAGUAUCUGCGACGAGCUCUUCACUUUUUUCCACGUCUACCAGCUCAUCAUGUACAUAUUGCAGUACUGGAACAGCUAUCUCUUCGUUGCAGCACUUAUGACCUGCAUUGUGCUGCUAAGCUCCUCGAUCACCAUCUAUACACGAAGGCGAAGCCAGUACACGAUUGCUGAGAUCACGAAAAUAAAAACGGACGCUGAGGUACUUCGGGGCGGGUCCUGGACUACCGUGGAUGCUUCUCUUCUUGUCCCUGGAGAUAUGGUCAGAGUGAAAAGCAACUGGCUUUUACCCUGUGACUUCCUUAUUCUUCAAGGUUCGUGA